AUGGCCAACGCCGUCUCCCUCGUCGAAUCCUCAACCACAAACUUCAGUAACCCUCCUCUAAACCAAUUACUAAAUCAACUGUCCUCUGUGAAACUUGAUCGUGGAAAUUAUUUGUUGUGGAAAACUCUAGCCCUUCCUAUUAUGAAGAGUUACAAAUUCGAAGGACAUUUGACAGGAGAAAAUCCAUGUCUACCGAAAUUCAUCACUAAUCAAACCGGUGAAUCACAAUCUGGAAUUGAUGGCACUACUGAAGCAACUGAUGGAGCAUCAUCAAGAUCCACUACAACAAAAACGGUCAAUCCAAAAUUUGAUCAAUGGCUUACCUCUUAUCUAUUACUUUUAGGUUGGAUAUACAACUCAAUGACAGCCGAAGUGGCUUUUCAACUGAAGGGGUUCAACACAGCAAAGGACCUUUGGGAAGCCAUACAAGAUUUAUUUAGAGUAUAA